AGGAAAAGGUGGUUGGUUUGCUGUUCCAUUCUCCCACUUAUUUUCCCCAUGACAGAGACUUUGAGCAUCUCUACUCCAUCGAGCUGCCAGGGAAACAGUUGGACUUUCUGUCUUUCCAGUCACCGCCAGAUUGUGAGUGACUGCCCCAUGUUAUGUUGAUGCUGGUCUGCCAUGCUAGCCUGUCUGCCUGGGCCAAGUGACCUGUCCUUUCAGCUUCUCUCUCACACGCAGAUGAACACUGGACUUCAGAAAUGGGACACUACACAGAAAAUGAGAACUGCUCACUACCCCACCCCAGCCGAGUUGGAUGCGUAUGCUAAGAAGGUCGCCAACAAUCCACUGACUAUAAAAAUCUUCCCCAACAGCGUAAAGGUUCCCCAGCGGAAACACAUCCGUCGUACCGUGAACGGACUCGACACGUCGACCCAGCGCUACAGUCCGUACCCAGCCCAGGCCCCCGCCAAGGCCGGCCUGCUAGCCAUUGUCAAAGUGCCGGCCAAAAGCGUCGUCAGAGACUUUGACGGCUCCCGUGUCCGGCCGCUCCCAGAGGCCAUCAUGAACCCCCCGUCGGCCCCGUACGCCGCACCUAGCACUUUAACCCAUCCCCAGGCCCUGGCCCGCCAGCAGGCCCUGCAGCACGCACAGACGCCGGCUCACGCCCCGCCUCAGACGCUGCCGCACCCUCAGGGUAUCCCACAGUCCCAGGCGCUGUCCCAUUCCCAGAGCCUCCGGCAGGGCCUGGGCCCCCCUCAGCCUCUGGCCCACCCCCCGACCAUGGCUCACCAGGGCCUGCAACACCCCCCCAACCCCUUGCUGCAGCCAGGUUUGCAUGGAGGCCGGAAGAUGCCCGACGCAGACGCCCCACCGAAUGUGACCGUGUCUACCUCAACUAUUCCCCUCUCCAUGGCAGCCACUCUGCAGCAGACUCAGCCCCCGGACCUGAGCAGCAUCGUACAUCAGAUCAACCAGUUUUGCCAGACGAGGGCAGGCAUCAGCACUACCUCCGUGUGCGAGGGGCAGAUCGCCAACCCCAGCCCCAUCAGCCGCAGCCUGCUCAUCAAUGCGAGCGCUCGAGUGUCGACCCACAGUGUCCCUCCUCCUCUGCCUUCCUGUGUGGUCAACCCCGUGGAUCCCACUGUCGCCACAGCGAUGCCCGCCUCUGGUGCUGUCAACCUGCCUAUGGUGGGCAUCAACCGGGCGACGGUUGGCUACCCCAGCGACCUCAAGCCAGUGGCCUGGAACCAGCACCAGUUGGCCCACUUGCAGCAAAUGUGCGGUGAGGCUGGUGGCAGCUCUGCCAGUGGCCUGCCAAGCAAGCUUCCUUCGGGGCGAGAAAUGGUAGGGCCAGGUUUUACGGGCAAGGUGCCCACUUACCCACAAGAACUUUGCAUGGGCCAGCCCUUCCACCUGAAACCGCCCUUGGAGAAACCAACCCCGUCCCCACCUGUCAAUGGCCCGGCGGCCCCACUGGCCUACCCCAAUGGGCAUUAUUUUCAACCCCUGUGGAACAACAUUCUGCCCACACCCAACAGCGACAGCUCCGGCUCACAGGACCUCACCAUGCCCUUCCAUGGUGGGCAGCCUACAGGUGCACCCCUCGACUGUGCCGCGGCUGGGGCCCACUAUCGUGCCGGCACCUCGGCCAGCACGGUGCCUGGCCAGAACAGCUUGAUGCAAACAGUGGAUUACCUGAGUGGGGACUUCCAGCAGGCCUGCUUCCGUGAGCAGAGCCUGGCUAUGCUGAGCAAGGCCCACCGCCCUACCGGCAGCCGGGCCCCGGAACCUGCAGAUAGUCGGAAUCUUCAUAUUCAGCACCCUGGCUAUAGAUAGGUGCCAUUGUUGAGACACAACAUACACACAACAGACACACAGACACAUGAGGUUUAGUCUUAACUCGGAGUGAAUUGUUUUUAACUUUCAUAAUUCCUUUGUGAUCUUUCUAAUUCACUACCGUAGGGAGGGCUGCUGUUGCCUCACAGGGUGGACACCUUUGUCCUUCACCUUUCUGCCCAAUGCCCAGUGUCAGCUUCUUAGUUUUAGAACAUCUCAGAACAGGGUUUUCCCUUGGUUUCACUGCCCACCCACCGUCAGUUUCCUCCACGCACCUUAGCAUGUCCUCUCUUCCUCCAGUUUGCACAGUAAGCUUGGCUCUCUUGUUUUAGCAGACUCUUUCCACCAUCUGUGCUCUCUCUUCUCUUUCCAUUCUUCACCUCCCUCCCCACCAACAUUCUCCCUGUCUUAAGAUAGUGGUGCCCACUGACGGAACUGCCCCAGGGCUACAAUGGCCCCCUAGACCCAAAAUUUCUGAGCUUGGCUUCUUCUCUGCUUCCCUUCCACCUUUGCAAUGGGCUAGAUUUCUCAGACCCUCAGAAAACUGUAACAUCCCAGCCCAGCUCGUGAUUCUCGUUUAACUUCAGGGUCUCUGCUGGGGCCUGUGGUGGGCUUAUCACCACUCACAGGAAGUGUUCAAACACUGCCCAGUAAGGACCACAAAUCUAAGACCUUCCAAAAUCUGCUGUUACUGGUGUUUUUAUGCCUGAUGCCCUGGUCCUGUUCCUCCUGAAAAGCAACGGAUCCUGGAGGAAGGAUCCGUUUGUCCCUCCCCAGCCUGCUAAUCUGAUUUCUCCCACACCCCUUCCUCACUGGGAUCAAGGAAGAUCACACUGGAAUUUGGAGUUAAAAACAACCUCCCCCACCCCAAUUUAAAACAAGUAAAAUACAUUUGGUUCUUUCUCUAUCCACUGGCUAAGACUACUGCUCUAUACUGUACGUUUUAAUGUAACGUUUUGUAUGAAUGUAGUGUGGCUUUGAGUAGCACUGUGUGUGAGUGGCCCCGAGGGCACGUCCACCCACUAGCCCCCUCCAAUCAAAGAAGGAAAAGAAAAAAAACAAAAACACAAAGCCUUAAGCUCUGAACUCUUUCUUUACCAAACAAACAGGAGCAUGGUUUUAGUAUCUGGAGACCUACCGAUUUCUGAAAUGACCUUCCCCUGCCUGUCACCUUGCCCAGCACACACACAUAUGUGCGCACACACACGCAUACACAUACACACACUCACUCCCACACACAGACAUAUACACUCACUCACCUUUUGCGAUCAAGUAGCUUCUAGUUGUUUAAAGACUUUUUAAAUGUUUUCCGUCACUGAAAACGUAGAUGACGUUUCUUUGUAACAAUUUACUUGUUUCUCCCACCCUUCACCCCUUUGAGUCUAGUCCCUAGUUGGUCUGUAAUUGGUUUUCUUUUCCCUGAGUUUCUGAGUUUUGCCAUGUGCCACACAGACUCUCUUCUCCGUCCUGCCCCUCCCCUGCUCCCCCUCCUCCUGCAUCUCGGGGUCAGUGUGAGCUGAUGACGUCCUUAUUUAAGAGUUGAGGGUUUGGGUCUGCUACCCACUGUUGUCUAGCAAGAAACUCCUUUAGUGAGCUGAAGCAAUGUGACUGAAGACUGGUUUUUUAAAUUAUGUGUUGGCGAGUUGCCUUAUAUUUAAGAAAAGAAAAAAAGAAAAAAAUGCCUGAUUGUGUUAUGCCAAAUGAUGAUCCAACAUGAAGUCCUAAUUUAUUGUUUCUGAUUGUUCUCCUGCAGUCUGUGUGAAAACUGGUCAGGGCCCCCUCGGGGCCCACAGAAGCACUGGAGGCUUGUCUUUCACCAUCUUUGCCAAGAUGUCUCCCUCCUCCCCCGUCCCCACCCCAAACUACUCUCUGUCAAAGCCAGGUUUCAGUGUCCCCUCCCUCUCCCACAGGCUCCCUUAGGCAAGCAAGAUGACACUUUGUCAGCUCUCCCUUCUUCCCCUCCCGGCCAGAACAGCAGUGGCUCUCUCCAGGCUCACGCCCGUUUUAAGAAGUCAGACUGGAACUGACCUGUUGGGCAUUGAAGCCAAACCGUCCAAGCUCAAGUCCUUCUCCUGGUGCAGGGACACAGGGGGCUGAACCACUGGGCUCCUCCAAUGUCUACGGAUCAUGUACUGUGAACCCCCGGCCCCUCCUCCAGCCCCUUUUUCGGGGAUUGUGGAGAGAGCAGGCGAGUCUCUUCCCCCCCCCCCCACCCCCACCCCACCAGCAAUAAGGGUCCAACAUGAGGCUGCCUCACACCCGCCUGCUCUGGCCCAGGGAGAAAUGGGUUCCCCGCCCAUGUUCGUAAACUGUAGCAUUACCUGCCCCCUUCACCUGGGCUGACACGUGGGUGUAAUGGGGGGGGGGGUGUGACUACUUAUGACUAGUAAAAAUCUAGCCUUCUUACCUUGUCCUAUUUAUUUAAUGCUGUGAAUGUUUGAGGUGGAUUUUAUUUUCUGGUUAGAACAGUUUCCAGUGUCGGGAUUUAUAUAGCCAAUUCAGGAAAAGAGGUUCCUCUGGAGACAGCCCAGGCCACCUCUUUCUUUUGGGGAGAGGUCUUCAGAUUUUCAUCCCAUUACUUUGUGUCUUCCACACAGAAGACCCCUUUUGGCUCCACAACUACUGAGUGGGUCCAGCACAGCCAGGGCAGAGAGAACAGUCCCCUGAUGAUUGCGGCACCCCCAUCUCCUCCCCUGCCAGGGCUGUUAGGGUUCUGACUGUCACAGGGCUUCGUUUAGGGGAGCAACAUACGACUGGCUGUUCUAACGAACCCCGGUCGGCUUUGGGGUUCUUCAGGACACAUGACUUUGUCACUGCUGGGCAGGCCUCCCAGAGGCCCUGUGGGAGGGCCAGGCUUCUUGAGGUGGACCCUGUGACAGCUGCUGUAAUCUCAUGAAAACAAACCCCUUCUGGUUAUAUGAAGCUGCUUCUCAUGUGCUACGGGUAUAAACUAGAAAACCUUUUUUUUUUUAAUUUGUCUGCAGGAAAAUUAAAAAAAAUAAAAAAAAAA